CUCCGUGACAACUGCACGCUCCGGGGUCCUAACGCGACAGGGCAAGUUUCAAACCAUCGGCGGGAGAAAAUAUUAAAGCGUCUUUCAUAGUUACUAUUUUAUUGUUAUGCUCGAGUCGUUUUAAUGAAAUGUAGAAUGUGUAUUGUCAAUUAUAUCUAUUCAACCCGGGAAUAUCAUAAUAACAUCUGUGAGCGUUAUUUUACCAUCCCUUCCUGUGUUGUGUUUUGAUUUUCUACAACUUCAGUCCAACUGCAUCUGUCACGAACACUCAUUACAUGGUGACUAUUUUUGUUGAUGGAUAUUCAGCGCAUUUUCUUCGAAAUUUUGCAGUGUUUCAUCAGAAUGCAGACUUCUAAAUUUGUAGUCAAGUGUGGGAAUUUUGCCGUGCUAGUGGAUCUUCACAUACUGCCCUUAGGCGGUCAAGACAGUGCCAGCUGGUUCACUCCAGAGCACAGGAAGGAAGUUGUCUCUCUGAUUAGAGAUGCAUUGGAGCUGAGGGUGAGGCAAUUUCAAGAGGCCAGAUACCAGAAGAUCCAGCCCAAACUGAGGAAGGAUCUCACCCUGACCGCCCCGCUCUGCCUUGAAGGUGGGAAUGUAUGCUUGACGGUGCACUUCAUGAAACGACACUUCAACCUGAGAUGCAUUAUCAGGCAGCAAUACAGAGAGUUGCGUGUGUUUCCUCAGCGUGCUGUAGUGUGUGCCAGUCCUCCAGAGAAUUCUGCUAUUCCCAGUGGAAAUCUGAACCUGGAUGUGCAGUGUGAACCAAACCAUUCAAAGUAUUUUUCUGGCUCUGGCGAGAUGAUAGAUCCAUUACCCAGCUCCACAUCAACAAAAAGAGCCAUUCUUCAGAAGAUUGCCAGGCAGCCUAAAAUCCAACCCCAACAACGCCAAGAUGGUCAAGUGGACAAAGCUGAAAAGGGGUCUGCUGAAGCAUGUCAUCCUGUCCCCAUAUCGUCUAGAAGCUUUCUCACGAGUGAGUCAUUGGAGGAAGGGAAAGCAGUAUUGUCAUCUAAAUUAAGUAACAGUAAAGAGACCACCGAACCAAAUCUUGAUGCUACCGGUCUGAAGAGACGACCGCGGACCCAAAGUAGCUCAGGAGAAGACACUUUCCACCAAAAGACAAAAAGACCUCGUCUUGGAGAGCCUGCAGCAUCAAGCGAUUCCAAAAAUCCCUCUUCCGACGUUGCUGCUGCAGACUCUGUUUGCAGUCUCCAGCCUGAGAUUUCACAGACUUACCAAAGCGGGCUGGCCGCAAGUUUGAGAGGCCUAUCCGUCAAGCCUUUAUCCUCUGGCUCCUCUAUUAGUUCAAGAUCUGUUGCCAGAGAGGGAAAGAAGGGGGGUGAGCACAGAACAUCCCGAUUACGCCGGCUCAAGAAGUACUAAAGGGGCGUAGCGGCAUGGAACGAGAGCGGAUGUCUGACGCCACCACGAUGGAUGUUACAGUACACACUUCUACUGUAAUACUGUCUGUCAGCGGCAGUUGCACAAGCGUUCACCACACGCAGUAUCUGCACAUACAGUACUUCCCUUCUCCCUUUAAAGUAAAAAACACAAAACUGCUCAAAUGCUUGAAUUAGAUUACCAAGAAGCUUUCACAUUUUUGAAUCGACUCCACUAGCAACAACUUAAAAGGAACUCAAGCAGACAGUAACUUCACUCUAAACAAAAACACAAAUGCAGUUCGCGUUUUCAGUGUAAGAUUUGUAUUUCAGACUAGCGGGAGCCGUUGAGCACACUGUGGCUUCAAGCCCAAAUCUCUGGCUCCAUCCGUCUGAAAUCUCCACUCUUCCAGCUUCAGCUGAGCACAUGAUUGAUUUCGCUGUGUUCUCACAUACACCGCGCUCCUUAAGCGAUCAGGGUUUUUCACCGUUGGAGCCGACUGCCGUCUCCCUGCGGUUAUUAUUUGUAAAUGUGUUAUUGCUUUUCGUAACAGCUAUAUGUCUGGUGCAGGAUGACUGACAAUGUCAUGAAACGCUGAAGUGGCGCUCGCGUCCGAUAUUUGGCUAAUCACGGGUGCAGUCGACAUUGAUUUAGUGCGUGAUGGCAGGAUGAUUAUAUGUAUGGACAUAAAUUCGUUGAGUCACAUGCUUUAUUUUCCAGCUGUGCUUACAAAUCCCUCAAUGUUUAUGCAUUUUGUAUAAUAGAGAUGUGUCAACUUUAUCAGAAUAUACAACAUUGUGCAGUUAUAAUGCCAUAACAUGGCAGUCGGAAUACUUCUGGUUUAGAGUAACAACAUGACUGUAUAUUCUGAUGCCAUGUCAUGAAUUUAAAUCAUUAAAGAUAGCAAACCAUU